AUGGAGAACACAACAAUGUUAACACCAUCAAAAGUUUCAGAUAGUACAUUGAUUUGUUAUACACCAAGCAUGACAACAUCAAAUGGUGUAUGGCAAGGAGAUAACCCUUUAGAUUUUUCUGUCACUCUCUUCAUUUUGCAAUUAACCUUAGUUGUUCUUGCCACACGUUUCUUUGUUUUCAUCCUCAAACCAUUUAACCCUCCUCGUGUGGUUGCUGAAAUCUUGGGUGGAUUGUUUUUGGGGCCAUCGGUGCUCGGUAGAGACGAAACCUUUGCAAAUAUUGUAUUUCCUCUAAAAAGUGCUAUGGUUUUAGAAACUUUGGCGAAUAUAGGUUUGAUAUACUUUCUGUUUCUAAUUGGUUUAGAGAUGGAUAUAUCUAUUGUAAAACACACGGGGAAAAAGGCGGUGUCGAUUGCCAUUGCUGGUAUGAUACUUCCCUCGAUUCUUGGUGUUGGAAUAUCAUUUGUUUUGAAUAGAGAUGAGAGUGUGAAUGAAGUUAGCUAUAUUCUGUAUCUUGGUAUUGUUCUAUCGGUUACUUCAUUUCCUGUGCUGGCUCGAAUGCUUACCGAGCUUAAACUGAUUAAUACGGAGUUAGGAAAGCUUGCCCUUUCAACUUCUCUUGUGAAUGAUGUGCUUGCUUGGGUUUUACUAGCUCUAGCUAUUGCUUUAUCAGAGUCAAAUUCAUCAACAUUCGCUUCUAUUUGGGUUGUAGUGUCAAACAUUUUCUUUGUUGCUUUCUGUUUUCUUGUUGUUAGGCCAUCUGUGGCUUUGUUGAUAAAGAAAACUCCGGAAGGGAAACCGUUUAGCAAGUUCCAAAUAUGCGUUGUGCUUGUUGGUGUUAUGGUUUCGGCUUUCAUUACAGAUGUUAUUGGAACGCAUUCGAUUUUCGGAGCUUUUGUUUAUGGAUUAGUGAUUCCACAUGGUCCACUUGCAGCUGCUAUAGUUGAAAAGCUAGAAGACUUUGUUUCGGGGCUUUUACUACCUCUUUUUUAUGCUAUUAGCGGACUUAAGACUAACACUACCUUAGCGAGCAGAGGUCGUUUUUGGGCAUUUGUAUUCGCAAUUGUUCCUCUCACUUGUUUUGGAAAGAUCAUCGGUACUCUUAUUUUUUCAAUCAUUUUUGGCAUACCAACUCGCGAUGGCGUUGUUCUUGGUUUUCUUAUGAACACCAAAGGUCUAAUUGAAAUGAUUGUGCUCAAUAUUGGGAGGGAACAAAAGGUCUUAGGUGAGGAAGUAUUCUCGGUUAUGAUUAUUGUAACACUUAUAAUGACAGCAAUAGUUUCACCUAUUGUGACAUUAAUCUAUAAGCCAAGGAAAAUACUCAUACCUUAUCGAAAGAGGACGAUACAAAGUUCAAGAGUUGAUGCAGAGUUAAGGGUUCUGGUGUGCAUUCAUUCCCCUAGAAAUGUUCCCACAAUAAUAAAUCUUCUAGAGGCUACAAACCCAACCAAAAUGUCUCCAAUGUGUGCUUAUGUGCUCCAUUUAGUGGAACUCACCGGUCGCGCUUCAGCCAUGCUUUUCGUCCAUGCCACUAGACAAACAGGAGGAGGUCCAGCACUCAACAAAACACAAGCGCAGACCGAACAUAUCACCACCGCGUUUCGUAACUUCGAGGAACAUGUUAGUUACGUCACGGUCCAACCUUUAACCGCUGUUUCAGCUUACUCUACCAUGCAUGAAGACAUAUGCAUUUCGGCCGAGGAAAAACGUGUAGCCACCAUUAUUAUUCCUUUUCAUAAACAACAAACAGUUGAUGGAGACAUGCGGGAAACAAAUCCAGCAUUGAGAAUGGUGAACCAUAAUUUACUACACAAUGCUCCUUGUUCGGUCGCAAUACUUGUUGACAGAGGCCUUAACGGAUCCAACCGGUUAACUUCAAAUCAAUCUUCUCAUCAGGUGGCUGUGUUAUUCUUCGGUGGUUCCGAUGAUAGGGAAUCAUUAUCCUAUGGAUGGAAAAUGUCAAGGCAUCCAAGAGUUAAGCUCACUGUCAUGCAUUUCAUUCAAAGAAAAGAUGCAACUCAGACAUUAAACGCGGACGAUGAUCAACAAGACGAUUACAAAAGUUUAAUCUCAAACAAACUAGACGAAGAGUGCAUAAAUGAUAUGAAAAUGAUUGCUGCAAAUGAUGAAUCAGUAAAAUACAUAGAAAAAGUUGUGAGUAACGGGGAGCAAACAAUAGCGGCGAUAAGAGAAAUCAACAAUGUGAAUGAUUUGUUAAUAGUAGGGAGAGGUCAUGGAAGUUCUUCGGCAUUAACCGAAGGUUUGACGGAUUGGAGCGAAUGUCCGGAGUUAGGAGGCAUUGGAGAUUUGUUAGCUUCUUCGGAUUUUGAAACAACAGCUUCAGUGCUUGUUAUGCAUCAAUAUGUUGGACAAGGGCCAGAUGGAGAGGAUGCUUUUGCAAGUGAAAAACCAUGGCAAUCAAGUGAGAAUUUUAAUAACAUGAGACAACAACACAAGGGAAGAUAUACAACAAAACUAGUGGGGACAGAUAAUCUAACAUCACAGUUUUUGUAG